CUAACUCCCUUUAGCAACCUAACAAACCAUGUUUCCCCGACCUCUGUUUGCCUCCUCCCUCCACCUCCUCCUCCUCCUCCACUUCCCUCCGGUUCACAGCCGCUUCCUCUCCACUUCGGACCUCGUCUCCGAUGGAGUCCAUUACCAGACUGGCUCUCCUUUCCUUCUCCUUAAUCCAUUUGCUGCGAAUGAGUCGUCCUGUGAGCAGACCUACGGAUUCAUGCCGUGCACUGCCACCGCACUUGGGAAUCUCUUCUUAAUAAUCGUUUAUGGAUACCUCAUGUACUUUGCCGCCAUCUACUUAUCCAAUGGGAGUGAGCUGCUGCUGGAGAUUCUCGGUCCUGGUAUCAUCGGAGGCCUUUUCCUUCCGAUACUCCGGAGUCUACCCGACGCCCUGACCAUUCUCGUAUCUGGACUUUCUGGAACCACAGAGAUGGCUCAAAGUCGGGUCUCUGUUGGAAUGGGGUUGCUUGCAGGGUCAACUGUGUUGCUUCUCACAGUGAUAUGGGGUUCCUGUGUAGUUGUUGGCCGGUGUGAUCUUCGUGAUUCAGUUGCAGUUGAUGGAACAAAUACAAAAGGUUUUAGCUUGACUGAUGGACUAGUGGCAUUUUCAUAUUUACUUGAGAAGUGGCAAGGCAUAUUACAUAGCUUCAGGAGUCUGAUAUCCACUGACAGGUAUAAUUCUCUGCUAUCAAAGAUCCCUGAUCAAAAGCUUGUUCAAUUCAUUGUAGGUACCGGUGUCAGUACUGAUAUCUGGACACGCUAUACUGCGUGGAUAAUGGCUAUAUCAGUUAUACCGUUUAUUGUUGUUGAAGUAGCGCAAAUUCUCAAUUCAACUUCAGCAAGAAAUUUAGCUGUAUUGAUUACGCUUAUUUUGUCCGUCUCAAUGCUGGUUGCUUAUUGUCUUUAUCAGGUAAUUUUAGAUUUUAAGCUGUAAUUUACCAUCAUGCAUUGCUAUGUAUUGGAUAUAAGUGGGACUUGGGAGGAUUUUACAGAGGAAGAGAGGAAAGUUUGGAUAAAAUGUUUCUUUGAAU